UAUCUACAGCUUUUACUAUAGUACACAGUGUAUUUGUGUGUCUAGAGAGAGAGUGGGAGGAGAAAAAUUAAUCUAUAAAUGCUUCAAGAAAUUGAAAAUAUAAAUAUUGUGUUUAUUUUGUAUCGCUUAAUCAUACCUUACCUCUUCAUCAUUUCAGUUUUAAAUUUUUUUCAAGCCAAUGAAGUGAACUCUUCGAAUUCCCAACGGUUUGCGUAACGCGUUUGUGAUUAAGUAUGGCCAUUCGAGAUUGCCGUAGAUAGUAAUGACGCAUGGCAUUGCUAAAUUCUGAUUGGAUAGUUUCAAUAGUCGCGGGCUACUUGAACUGCGCCAGCAACAAUAUCAUAGCACGGUCUGAAAAACAAGGUAGUGGUCCCAGUUGUGAAAUGUGGUGCUUGGGUUUUAUGAUAGCCAUGGCGUGUUGAGGAUUUGCGUGCAAAAUGGUAUUUUAAGUGUAGAUUAGGCAAUAUUUUCGGUUUUGUUUUGCAUUAUUUACGUCUGACCUAUUCGUAAAACGCUGCCAGUAGGCUUAUUUUGUCUGGCUAGCAACAGCGCACAUCUGUAAAUCCCUGGGCGAUUUUUUUUUUGUUUUUGUUUUUUUGUUGUUGUUCAAUUGAUUUGGAAUGUCAUCACUCAGUCAAGGAAGCGCGGUUGGUGGGUUGGAAACUGAAUACCAAAGCCAAGAAAACAUGCUUGCAAGGUUACGUGGUGCAAAUAAGUUCAGACUUGAAAAUCAGGAAAAUGUUAACCCUAAACCAGCAAACAGAACUGUUCUGGGGGCUCUGGAGAACAAUUCACGCCGACACCCAGUUCUGCGCGGCACAAAACAGGUUUCUGUACCUCAAGCAGUGGCUUGCAAGUCAGAAGACGCUUCCAGAAGCUAUGGCGAGAAACCCCCAGUUCAACAAUCUGCCUUUCAGAUUCAUGUUGAUGAACCUGAUGGUGCCUGCUCUAAGAAACAAUUAUCCACCAAAAAAGACACCAUGGAUUGCUCUCCACUACCACUGAACCCAACUGUAACACGGUUAAGGCAGCCGCUUGCUACGAUUGACUUGCCUAUGGAUCUCAGUUCUGAUUCUCCCAUGGAUAUGUCAGUGAUUGAGGGUGAGGAGAAGCUUGCAAAUGUAAAUGAAGUUACUGAUUAUGCUGAUGAAAUUCACACUCACUUGAGGGAGAUGGAGCUUAAGUGCAGGCCAAAGGCAGGCUACAUGAAGAAGCAGCCUGACAUCACAAGCAGCAUGCGGGCCAUUCUGGUAGACUGGCUGGUGGAGGUGGGCGAGGAGUACAAGCUCCAGAAUGAAACGCUUCACCUGGCUGUGAACUACAUUGAUCGCUUCUUAUCUGCCAUGUCUGUGCUGAGGGGAAAGCUGCAGCUUGUAGGCACAGCAGCCAUGCUGCUGGCUUCGAAAUUUGAGGAGAUCUACCCUCCAGAGGUGGCAGAAUUUGUUUACAUCACUGAUGACACCUAUACAAAGAAACAAGUGUUAAGAAUGGAGCAUUUGGUGCUAAAAGUUCUCUCAUUUGAUCUUGCGGCACCAACGAUCAACCAAUUUCUCACGCAAUACUUCCUCUGGCAGAGUGUCAGCAACAGAGUGGAGAGCUUGUCAAUGUUCCUUGGAGAAUUGAGUUUGGUGGAUUCGGACCCUUUCCUGAAGUACCUUCCAUCUCAAACAGCUGCUGCAGCCUUUAUUUUGGCAAACUUCACUAUUACAGGGGAUUCAUGGUCAAAGGCUUUUGCUGAUAUGACGGGCUAUGUGUUGGAUGACCUCAUGCCAUGCAUCCAAGAUCUACAUCAGACCUACCUCAGUGCUGCUCAGCAUGCACAGCAGUCUGUCAGGGAGAAAUACAAGAGCUCAAAGUACCAUCAAGUGUCUCUCAUUGAUCCACCUGAGAAGCUGGUGUUCAAUUAAACCUGCCUGGAUUCUUAUGCUCACUUUCCAGACUCUUAAGAGUGUACAGUCUUGAAAUGUUGCAUAUUCUUGUAACUCAAUAACAGACAUCAUAGCCUUCAGAGGGGGAUAUGGUGAAAUCUAGUGCGCCAUGUAUAUUUUUAAUGCAGUCCUGUAGGACUGCUCUUAUGCUUGAAACCAUAUUUUGUACAGUAGGUAAUCAAAGUUUUUUUAAUUUUUUUUUAAUGGAACUGACUCCAGUGGUAUCUUUCUACAUUUCAUAAUGUACAGUCCCCUUAAACUUGACAUCUAAAUAAACACUACCACUGGC